GUGGGCUAGUAGUGGCAAAUCCACGCGCAUCGUCGCUUCACAAAUACUCGUACAUUCAUUAUACGUUCGUGAGAAGGUCUUCAUUGAAAUUGAUAGAAUAGCGCCUCACCGCAACAGUAUUGUAUCCGACUCGGCCCUCUCUAGUCGCGCGAUGUGGAAGAUACUCAUCUUGGUUAGCUGCGCACUAGCCGUUCCAAGAAACGACCUGGAUUUCACGUCUUUGAACACAUUCUCCUUGCAACUUCUUUACAAUACAUACGCCUUCCAAGAGAGCUAUGGAGAGAAGAACAUAGUCAUAUCACCUCUAUCUAUUUGGAGCAUGUUCACUCUACUAACUGAAGGGUGCUCGGGUGAAACUUUCAACCAGUUAAUGAAAGAACUACGACUACCGAAUGAUGUGAAAGCAACCACGGCUCUUCAUUUAGCGGUCUCCAAUAUGCUGCUGCGUAAAGACCAAGACGUAAUUUUAGAUGGAGUAUCAGGACUAUUUGCUGAUUAUAAUUUAAAUAUACAUCAAGAAUUCUGUCAAUACGCUAAGAAUUUCGAUACACAAAUAUUUGUUGUUGAUACUAGUAAUGAAACUUUACUAGCUGACGAUAUAAAUACUUUUAUUUGCAAAGUGACUCGUGGAAGAAUACAAGAAGCUGUUAAACCUAGUGUUUUAGAAAAUUUGAGAAUGAUUAUAGUCGAUGGAUUGUAUUUCAAAGCGAAUUGGACGUAUCCAUUCGAUUCAACGCAAACAAGAGAAGAAGCAUUUUAUAACCAUCAAGGUAAAAUGAUUGGAUCUGUUAAUAUGAUGUAUCAUAAAGCACCUCACAAUGUGGGAGAUUCGCCACUCAUAGGAGCUCAGAUUCUUGAAAUGCCAUACGGUAAAGACGAGCAACUAUCUAUGUUGAUACUACUACCAUUCGACGGUAUGCCAUUACAAAUAUUGUUGGAAAAUCUAUCAAGACAACCUCUAACAUGGAUGAAUGAUAUUCUUACUUCUGAAACAUUACCAGAAUUGGAUUGUUAUAUACCAAGAUUUAAAAUUACUUCGCAAUCUGAUAUGAUACCGCCUUUAAUGUAUAUGGGGAUACGCAAUAUUUUUGAUAGUACUAAAGCUGAGAUGCCAGGUAUAUCUGACAGUCCUCUUUAUGUGUCUAAGACUGUACAGAAUGUGAACAUUGAAGUAACAGAGGAAGGAACUGUUGCAGCAUCAUCUACUGUCGUUGGCUUAGAAGAUAGAAUUCUUUCACAGAGAUUUGAAGCGAACAAAGAAUUUGUAUUUCUAAUUAGAGAGAGACAAUCUGGUGUUAUUGUAUUUGCUGGUGUUUAUGCUGAACCAUCUUUGUAUAUGAAACUGAAUGAUUCAGUACAGUUUGUAGAUCGCGGUCAAACGGUCGGCAAAAUGCGACUACCAUUUAUCAUUCUCACUUUAAUAUCAACAUGUUAUUGUAAAAUUGAAUUCAGUGAAAGAGCUAGGAAUUUUAGUAUCGAAUUAUUGUACUAUACCGCUGAAGAAACACAAUGGCACACGGUAAUAUCACCAUUCGGAGUGUGGACACUGUUGACUGCAGUAUCAAUAGGAGCUACGGAUUCAAGUCGAAAACAGAUGUUGAAAACUUUAAUCCUACCCAAGAAACAACAGACCUUAAUCGAUGGAUAUAAAAAUCUAACCAACUCAGUCUUAAAAACUGGUACUCCUGAAGUGGAAUUAAAAAGUAGAAACUUUCUAUUCAGUGACACAAAUUUUUUAAUGAAAAACGAUUUCACAAAAAGCAUGCAGAGAAAUUUUGGUGCCAUCGUUAACAGGAUAGACUUCAAAUCAGACAUGGCGACAUCGAUAGCAAAUAAUAUUAUUAAAAAUUCUGGCCUUAGAGUUACAAACGUUCUGAAACCCAGUGAUUUUGAAGAUGCGAAAAUGAUAUUGACCAAUGUAAUAUCUUUUAAAGCAUAUUGGAAAACACCAUUCAACGUAUCAGAUACAAAAGUGUCACCAUUUUACGACGAAAAUGGAAAAGAAAUUGGUAAAGUGAACAUGAUGUAUUUAGAAGAUACACCCCCUUAUUCUAGUUUCGAUGAAAUUGGUGCAUCCAUUCUGGAAUUAGCUUACGGUGAUGAAGAAGACAGCAAAUACUCUUUCCUUGUAAUUUUACCCGAUGCCGGUGUGACUGUAGCUAAUGUAUACAGUCGUUUAACUGAUAUUAGUCUAGAGGAUAUAUUUGAUAAACUACAGAGUGAUCUGGAAUUUUACGGUAUGACUUCAGUCGUUGUAAAUGUGCCAAGGUUCAAAAUUAGUACAAACUUGGUAUUAAAUAGUCCAUUAUUGAAGAUGGGUAUUGAAGAUAUCUUCGAUCCAGGCACAGCCAACUUUAAAGGUAUAACCGAAUCCAAUAAUGUGUUUGUAUCAGCUUUAGUUCAUAAUGCUGUUAUAGAAGUGACUGAAACUGGAACGGUAGCAUCAGCGGCGACGUACGCAUAUUUCGCAGAUAGAGCGAGACCGUCUGUUUUCAAUGCAAAUCGACCAUUUAUAUAUUUCGUUCUUGAAAAAACAACAAAAACAAUUUUAUUUAGUGGUGUUUAUACCAAACCAUCAAUCUUUUAUGUAGAUAUUAAGAAAUCCCCACUCCCGGACGUCAUAAUGAAAGUGAUUUUAAUAAUAUUUAUUUUGUUUUCAACUUGCUAUUGUAAAGUUGAAUUCAGUGACAGAGCGAGAAACUUUAGUGUGGAGCUAUUAUAUUAUACCGCGGAAGAAACCAAUUGGCAUACGGUGAUAUCACCGUUUGGAGUAUGGUCACUGUUAACAGGGGUAUCCUUAGGAGCUACAGGAUCAAGCCGAGACCAACUAAUCACCACAUUGAUCCUUCCUAAAAAGAAAGAAAACUUAAUCAAUGGAUUUCAAUCUCUAACUUCAGCUGUUCUAAAUUCUGACACUGGAGCAGUUGAAUUGAAGAAUAGAAACUAUUUGUUUAGCGAUAGUGAUUUUUUUAUGAAGCUCGAUUUUAUAAAGGACAUUCGAAAUAAUUUCAAAGCGAUACCAAUAAAGCUCAGCUUUAAAUCUCCACAAUCCGCAGCGAAGAUAGCAAACGAGGUUAUCAAGAAGUACGGAGUGACAGUUUCGAACGUGCUAAAGUCUGAUGAUUUCGAAAAUUCUAGAAUAAUAUUAACCAACGUGAUAACUUUCAAAGGUUUUUGGCAAUGGCCCCUCAAUGCAUCAUUGACAGAAGUAGCGCCCUUUUACGAUGAAAACGGAAUAGAAAUAGGAGAAGUCAACAUGAUGUAUCAAGAAGGUAGUUUUGCGUACUCCAAUUCUGAAGAGAUCGAGGCGACGAUUCUUGAAAUGCCUUAUGGUAACGAUGAAAACAGCAAAUACACAUUUCUAGCAGUUCUACCAUAUAAAGGUGUUAAAGCUUCUACUGUAUACAAAAAAUUAUCUAUUAUUAAUCUCAAGGAUAUAAUAAAUAAGUUACAGAACGAAAUUGAUGUGUUUGGAACAACAGAAGUCGUAAUUAAUUUGCCUCGAUUCAAAAUUAGUACCAAUGUAGUGCUUAACAGGCCGUUAAAUAAUAUGGGUAUAUAUGAUAUUUUCGACCCUAGUUUGGCCAGCUUUGGUAAGAUAACUGAAGCGAAUAACAUAUUUAUAUCGUCAAUCGUUCACAAGGCUGACAUAGAAGUGACAGAAACGGGAACCGUAGCCUCAGCUUCGACAUCUGCUUACUUUGCUGAUAGAAUGUUGCCAGUUAAUUUCAACGCAAACAGACCUUUCAUAUAUUUCAUUAUGGAAAAAACAACAAACACAAUAAUAUUUAGCGGUAUUUACUCUAAACCAUCCAGAUUUUGAACCAAUAUCUGUUUUUUAUACAUUGCAAAAAGGCGGACCAUUUUAAGACCGAUUCGUCCAUUACAUUGUAAAUA